ACCGACCGGGCAGCUGACUCGGCAGGAGGCCGGGGACAAGCCGGGGCCCGGGGGCUACCCCCGGGGCGGGUGGGUGGCCGUGCCCCUGUGCGCUGCGCCGCUGCGGGGGGGCAGCGACCGAGUGACCCCACGGGACAGCCGCACGUCAUGGUGGACUACUACGAAGCGCUGGGGGUGAGCCGCAAUGCCACCGCCGAGGACAUCAAGAAGGCGUACAGGAAGGCUGCGCUGAAAUGGCACCCGGAUAAAAACCCAGACAACAAGGAGUACGCCGAGCAGAGGUUCAAGGAGAUCGCCGAGGCGUACGAAGUGCUGUCGGACAAGCAGAAACGUGAUGUCUAUGACCGUUACGGCAAGGAUGGACUCAUGGGGGCAGGACCGGGGGGUUCCAGGGCCGAUGCCGGGGCACCUGAAUUCACCUUCACCUUCCGCAGCGCUCACGACGUCUUCCGGGAGUUCUUUGGUGGGCGAGACCCCUUCACUGACCUCUUUGAUGAGAUGCUGCCCUUCUCCGAGCUGCGAGGACCUGGUCCACGGCACCACAGGGGAGGCCACUUCUUUUCCCCCUUCCCAGGAUCCUCAGAUUUCUUCGCCUCGUCCUUCAGCUCCGGUGCCGACGCAGGGCUGGGCUUCCGCUCCGUCUCCACUUCCACCACCUUCGUUAAUGGCAAGCGUAUCACCACCAAGCGUAUUAUCGAGAACGGGCGGGAGCGGGUGGAAGUGGAGGAGGACGGGGAGCUGAAGUCGAUCCACAUUGAUGGUGUUCCUGACGACAUGGCGCUGGGGCUGGAGCUGAGCCGGCGGGAGCAGCAAGCCUUCCCCAGCCCACGGCGCCCCUCGCCCCCGCCGACCGCCCCGCACCGGCCCCCGAGCUCCUCACCCGUCUGCCUCUACACGGACAGCGAGGACGAGGACGAGGACUUGCAGCUGGCCAUGGCCUACAGCCUCUCCGAGAUGGAGGCCGCGGGGCACCACCAAGCAGGUGGGCAUGGCCCCAGUGCCCCGCCGGCACCGGGGGGCAGCCCUGGCACCCCAUCCUCUGCCCGCAGAGCCCGCGGUCCCCGGGGGAGCUCGGAGCCGCUGGGGGCCAGCAGCCCCGCCACAGUGGGGCAUGAACCUGCCCCCAAAUCAAAGCAGUGGCACUGCCCCCUUCUCUGAGCUCGGGGCUGGGGUUGUGCCCGCUCUGAUGUGGGGCAGGGAGAGAAAAGGGGGGCUAGGGGCUCUCUGCCUGGGGCCCCUGCCUCCCCAGUCAAGGGAGGGGAGUCUCUCCUGCCCUACCUCCUUGCUCAGGUGGGUGGGUGGCUGGUGGCACCCCGAGGUGGGGGGCGCUGGCAGAGUUGGGGUUUGUGGCUGGAAAAGGGGCCCUUGGUGGGGUCCUGGGAAGAGGGGCAGCUUCCUGCCCUGGCUCCUGGAAGCGUGGGGUGCUUGCGGGCAGGCAUGACCCGGCUCUGCCUGCUCCGCUCUCCCUGCCUGCCUGGCAGACUGGCAGGGGCUCCAGCCGGGGACCCCCCCCCC